AAUAUAGCCAUGCUGUUGAAGAACAAACGAGGCCAUAAUCUGUUAUGACAUUUGCAUGGAGCCAACUAAGAGAUCACAGAUUUUGUAUAAAAGCGAGAGAAAUGCACUCAGAAUGGGUAGUACAUUUUUGGAAAGAUGCAGUGGAGCAUAGUUUUUUGCCUACCUUUGGCGCUUUCAGUUGCCUUUGUGGUUGCACUAGACAACAACUCCUGGAAUGAAGCGCAUACCCAGGCAAAUGUUGCUAAAAAGGCUAUAACAGAACGAGCAGUAGUAAAAAAGGAUUUGGAUAAAUUAACUGAAAAGGAACAAAAACAAGUGGAAAGGAUAGCAAUUACCAUCUCUGCGACUGAAGCGCCAGCUGAAACCGUUACCGUGGAAGCACGGGCACAAGAAGAAGUCAAGAACGACCGCCAACCGACUACCAACACCGUUUUGGAAUCUACAGCCGCAAAAUCCUGUGAAACUAACCCUACCAAAGAAGAGCAGCAUGCGCAUCAUAGAGACCAGUUACUUGGAACAGCCAAAUUUCAUGGUGGCGGCAAGCCAUAUCUGCAAGUAGUUGUGCCCACACAUCAGCCAUACACAACACCACAGCCUCUGUACCAUCGGCCAGCUUAUGGUGGUGAUUAUAAUUAUGGCGGUUACGCUGGUGGAUAUGGCGGUAAUGGUGGAUAUGGCGGUAAUGCUGGUUAUGGCGGUAAUCCUGGUUAUGGUGGUUACCCUGGUUAUGGCGGCUAUCCGGGCUACGGUGGCUAUCCUGGUUUUGGUGCUUUUUCCGGUUUUGGUGCUUUUCCAGGUUUUGGUGGUUUUCCUGGUUUCGGUGGGUUUCCUGGUUUUGCCUUUGGCGGCAGGUUCCCCGUCCUACUACCUAAUGGCACAAUUGUUUUCGUCGCAACUUCUCGAAGCCUUAAUUUCGGUUCAACGAAAUCUUUCAACAAUCCAAAUCUUGAAGUCAUCGCUGAAGCGCCUGAAGCUGAAAAAUCAGCAAAUGUCAAGAAAGAAGUGAAAGAGACGUCGUCAGUACCAUUGCUUCUUCGCUUAUUUGGUUAAGUUUGGAGAUAAAUAAAAUUU